AUCCAACAAUAUUGUAAUCUUUGUAUCCAACUGUGUCCGAUCCGCAAAAACGUAAAACGCAUAUUAAUUUUCCUUUAAAUUUGAGCAUUGUUGUUUUAUUGUCGUCUCAUUAAAAUAAAAAAAGUCUUUGUUUAUUGUGUUCAUUGAUCUGUGAUAUUUGUAUUAAGUUCUGACAAUGCCUGAUACGUUCACUUGUAUUACUUGCCAGGUUAUAUUUAAAACACCUGAGUUGCAGCGCGAACACUACAAACUAGACUGGCACAGGUAUAAUUUAAAACGAAAAGUAGCUAAUAUACCACCAGUGUCUUUAGAAGAGUUCGAAAAAAGGGCACGAGAACAUAAAGAGCAGGCUGAAAAUGAUAACCAAAAUGACUCUCAAUAUUGCAAGUGUUGCUCAAAAUUAUUCAAUACUAAAAAUGCGUAUUCAAAUCAUCUAAACAGCAAAAAGCACAAGUUGGCACAGGAACGGUUUGUGGAGGAAGAACAUAGUGUCCAUUCAGAUACAGAUAGUUUUGUAAAGGUAGAACCGAACCAGUCUUCCAAACUUGCAUCAGGAAAGUUUGUUGUUGUCAACCCUGCUGAUUUUGGAGAAGAAGAUGUUGAGACUGAUUCCGAAAUUGAAGAGCUUGAUUCUGAUGAGUGGGAAGAAUGCCGUAUCAAAGGUAGUGAUUCCCUGAUUAAACCGAGAGAUUGCCUAUUCUGUACUCACCAUAGCAAAAAUAUGGUGAAAAAUCUUAAACAUAUGUCAGAAGCACAUUCAUUUUUCAUACCCGAUGUGGAGUAUUGUAUUGAUAUGAAAGGCUUGCUUUUGUAUUUAGGAGAAAAGAUUUCACAAGGUUAUAUGUGCCUGUGGUGCAAUGAUACAGGAAAAACUUUUUAUUCAAUGGAAGCAGCUCGCGCUCACAUGGUGAAUAAAGGCCAUUGCAAAAUGUUGCAUGAAGGAUUAGCACUGGCUGAAUAUGCUGAUUAUUAUGACUAUAGCUCUUCAUAUCCUGAUCACAAAGAAGGUGACGAGAACAUGGAUAUUGACGAAGAAGUGGACAAUCCAGCAGCUUUAGAAGGUGAUGACUUCCAAUUGGUGCUACCUUCUGGGGUUGUCGUUGGUCAUCGUUCACUUAUGAAGUACUAUAAACAAAACUUGACCCAUAACAGUCAGGCUAUUGUUAAGAAAUCAGAUAGAAAAUUGCACAGACUUCUGGGUGUAUAUCGGGCGUUAGGUUGGGCGCCAAAGGAGCAAGCGUUAGCAGCCAAGAAAGCUCGAGAUAUCCAUUUCAUGAAGCGAGUGCAAGCCAAAUGGCAGAUGAAAUUAUCUGUCAAGUCAAACAAGUUCCAGAAAUAUUUCCGACCUCAAGUCAAUUUCUAGAUAAUUACAUUCCCAAUAAAUCAAUAUUAUUGUUUACUCACAAUCAAAACACCAGUGGUUAAAUAUGUACACUCUUUUAAUAUUUUUUUUUACUGGUAACAAGCACAUUAGUUC